GACAUGGCCAGGGGCCUUGACAACGUGCUGAGACAGGCACUCCUGGUGGUGCUGGCCGCCGUGGGCACAGCCAUGAUAACAGCUACCAACCCUGGUGCUGUGGCCAGGAUCUCCCAGAAGGGCCUGGACUACGCCUGCCAGCAGGGGAUGGCCGUGCUGCAGAAGGAAUUGGAAAGGAUCAAGAUUCCAGAUUAUGCAGCAAAGUUUAAAAUCAAGCAUUUGGGGAAAGGGCAUUAUAACUUCUACAGUAUGGAUAUCUAUGACUUCCGGCUUCCCAGUUCCAAGAUAAUCCUGGUGCCCACGGUGGGCCUCAAACUCUCCAUCAACAAUUCCAGUGUCAGGAUGAGUGGAAAGUGGAAGGCACAGAAGAGUAUUGUGCAAACCAGUGGCAAUUUUGACCUGAACAUAGACGGCGUCUCCAUUUUUGCUGAUCUGAAGCUGGGCAGUGACCCUGUCUUAGGCAAACCCACCAUCACCUGUUCCGGCUGCGACAACACCAUCAACAGUGUCAGAGUGCACAUUUCAGGCAGCAAGCUGGGGUGGCUGAUCCAACUCUUCCACAAAAGAAUUGAAUCUUCAAUCCGAGACAUCGUUAACAAGGAGAUCUGCAAAGUAAUGAACAAUUCUGUGUCAUCUAUCCUGCAACCUUAUUUCCAGAAACUGCCAGUGAAGUCCAAAAUAGAUGGUGUGGCUGGGAUCGACUUCCGUCUGGUGAAACCUCCAAUAAUCACCACUGAGUACCUGGAGAUACAGCUGAAGGGGGAGUUUUUCAGGAUUUCCAACCCCUACCCACCUCCCUAUACCCCACCAGCGAUGGAGUUUCCUGCUGUCCACAACCGCAUGUUGUACGUGGGCCUCUCUGAAUACUUCUUCAACACAGCAGGGCUUGUGUACCAAGAGGCUGGAAUCUUGAAACUGAUGCUUAAGGAUAAAAUGAUUCCAAAGGAAUUCGGAUUCCGACUGACAACCACAUUCUUUGGAACCUUCCUGCCCCAGGUGGCCAAGAGUUUCCCUGACAUGUUCAUUAACCUUGCCAUCUCAGUCUCCGCCCCACCACACGUGUCCAUGCAGCCCUCCGGCCUUGUCCUCACCCCUAUCCUGGACGUCGAGGCCUUUGCUGUCCUCCCUAACACCUCCCUGGCUCCCCUCUUCCUGAUUAGCACGAGCGCGAAGGCUUCUUUGGAGAUUAGUGCCACAUGCAACAGGCUUUCUGGAAAGCUCAAGUUGGAGGGGCUGCUCCUGGAACUGAGGCACUCCAAUAUUUACCCACUCCCGGUUGAAUCGCUGCAGGCUAUCAUGGACUAUGUCAUGCCCACGCUGGUGCUUCCCAAGAUUAACCAGCGGUUGCAGAAAGGUUUCCGUCUCCCCAUGCCUGACCGAGUCCAUCUGUACAACCUGAUGUUGCAGUCUCAACAUAAUUUCCUGCUGUUCAGUGCAGAUGUUCAUCAUGACUGA